AUGUUGACGCUCAUCUCUGCUUGCGCCUCUUCGGUCACAGUCGGAGCGAAUCGGCGCGGCAGGAAGCAGCUGCGCAUCCUUGCGCAAUCCGUUCUGGAGCUCAUUGAGGUGAUCCCGCACCUGGCCGAAUCACGCCCCGGCAAGUUCGACGACCCCUCCACUCACCUUUCGCCUCCAAUCCUUGCACAAGCAACUCUUGCGAUGUCGUCCGAGGUGCCUUUGACCGCAUACUCGAGGGCACACCUCGAGGCGAUGCUGUCUAGACCCGAGAGUGUCCUCCUCAGAGAAAGUUGGGCGCAAGUCGAUCUCAGCCGACGCGCAGAACGGCUCUUGGUCGUUACCAGCUUUCUCUGGUUGACCUUGACCCUGGAUAAGCUAUAUCUCUCUCAAGGGGUCGAAAUCAACGUCGAACUGUUCCUCGGGCUCUUGCCAGCUUCCGCGGCGGCGUGGUGUCGACGACGCCUCUCUCGCAUCCGGGAGGAAUGUACUCCAUUCGAACCCGAGAUGGAAAGCAUGUUUCAGCAUCCCUUCGGCAUGUCUCAGGACUUUCGGGCACCAGUAGACCUGUUGGCCGAGUUCGCCUUUUUCUACACGCCGACCCCCGAGCGAUACCAGGCCGACAUCUGGUCUGUACUCAGCAGGGCUCUCUCAACGAUCCUGCCAGGUCCGAUCAGACCGUAG